AUGAUUUAUAAUCACCAUUUUAUUGGUAUUUUUUUUUUGGUUUUGUUUUUUUUUAAAGUAUAUAAUUGUCUUUAUGUAACUGAUGGUAGCGCAAUAAUUUUAGAAAAUACUGGGACAAAAUACAAACUUUUUUCAACGGAUAUGAAAUGGGGAACAGGUUCCGGAAAUCAGAUAGUGACUACUAUAACUAGUAAUAAAAAUGAUGAAGAAUUAUUAUGGAUUGUUAACCUUUAUGAAGAAGGUAAAAGUAUGAUGGGGAAUAAAAUACAAUGUGAUGAAAUUGUAACACUAAAGCAUGUUAAGUCAAAUGGCUAUUUAAUAGGUUCUCAACAUUAUUCUAUAUUAUCUAACAAUUUUGAAUUAAGUAUUGAUAAAGAUAAUUCAUUCGGAAGAUUUCAAGUUAUUUGUGAAAAUAAAAAAGGUGGCUCCUACUGGAUGUUGGGUGAAAAUGUUUAUUUGAAAAGUUUGAAUCAGAAUGGAUACUUAUCUACCAGCAAAAAAUACGAGUUUAAUCAGUAUAAUUGCCACAACUGCCCAAUCUUAUAUCACUUAGAAACAUGCAUUACAAAAAGUAGCUAUCAAAAGAAUGAAUAUAAAUGGAUAGCUAAAUCGGGGGUCAUUAUUAGCGCCUUUGGAGAAGAAAAAUCCAACAAAUAUAAUGAUGAUGACGAACUUUAA